GGAGAGGGGUGAAGAGCUAGGACUUUCACCUCGGCGGGCGGCCUAGAAAAGCCUAGAAAGAACUCCUCUUUUCUUCCGCCUCCGCGUACUCGCGUCAGUAGCCGACGCACAGACCUCGGGACGAAUCGCGGCGCGCGCUAGUGCGGCCACCCACUUUUGCGGGGAGGAGCGGGGGGGGGGCGGGAGCGAGCGCGCCUGCGCGCUGGGCGGUCUUUUCCCACGUUCACGUGGCCCGAGGGUCGUACUGCGGGUCUCCUUGCAAGAGGCGGCAGCUCCAGAGCAGAGUACCAACUGCGGCGGUCGGCGUCAUGGCAGGGCAGGCGUUUAGAAAGUUUCUUCCCCUCUUUGACCGAGUUUUAGUUGAAAGGAGCGCAGCUGAAACUGUAACCAAAGGAGGUAUUAUGCUUCCAGAAAAAUCUCAAGGAAAAGUGUUGCAAGCAACAGUAGUAGCUGUUGGAUCGGGCUCUAAAGGAAAGGAUUUCUAUAAUUGGCCUGAUGAAUCCUUUGAUGAAAUGGACAGUACACUAGCUGUUCAGCAGUAUAUUCAACAAAACAUACGAGCAGAUUGUUCCAAUAUUGACAAAAUUCUUGAACCACCUGAAGGCCAAGAUGAAGGUGUAUGGAAAUACGAACAUUUAAGGCAAUUCUGUCUUGAACUAAAUGGACUUGCUGUCAAACUUCAGAGUGAAUGCCAUCCAGAUACAUGUACUCAGAUGACAGCAACUGAGCAAUGGAUUUUUCUUUGUGCAGCUCAUAAAACUCCAAAAGAGUGUCCUGCAAUAGACUAUACUAGACAUACACUUGAUGGUGCUGCAUGUCUUCUGAAUAGCAAUAAAUAUUUUCCCAGCAGGGUUAGCAUAAAGGAAUCAUCUGUAGCAAAACUAGGAUCAGUAUGCCGUAGGAUUUACAGAAUAUUUUCACAUGCUUAUUUUCAUCAUCGGCAGAUAUUUGAUGAAUAUGAAAACGAAACAUUUUUGUGUCACCGGUUUACCAAAUUUGUGAUGAAAUAUAAUUUGAUGUCCAAGGAUAACCUGAUUGUACCAAUUUUAGAAGAGGAAGUUCAGAAUUCAGUUUCUGGGGAAAGUGAAGCAUGAAGGGAAUCAUAUAGAAAAAAAUGUACUGAUCACAUAAUUAACAAUAAUUAUGUACUGUAUAUAUAUCAUUUUAGACACAUCAAUCAUGUAUCCAUAUUAUAGCUUCUUUGUUUAGUAUAGGUUUUUGUAUGCUGAGUGUUGCCUUUUAAAAUGGGAAAUACUUUUUAAGUUAUUCAUGAGCUGUAUAUUCACCAGUGUGGCACUCAUGGUUUUUAAAUAAGAUUAGUAUUAUCUGUUUAUAAUGCCUGUUAAUAAAAGAAUUUACAGUUUGGUAAAAUUGCUGCUAAACAAUCAUUGGAUCACAAUCCUCAUCAAAUAAACCCAUCUAUAAAAAGAUGAGUGAGCUUGAGGUUUCGCACAAGCUGUUUACUAAAGAAAUAGUAAUAUUUUCCUUUGGUUUUACCCCUAGGUUAGAUAUUCUAGAAAAUUCUGUAGUACACAGUUCAGUCUUAACUGUUAACUUUUCAAAAAUGAGAUGAAAAUGUUUUAAAAUUCUGUUUAUAGGUUUUGAUACACAUAUGAUUAUGUGUAUAAGCCAAAUAUAAAUUGAAGUGAAGUAUUAGUAAUACUUAUAUAAUCUUACUGUGCUACAUAAAGUAUAUUCUAGACCAGCAUACUUGGAAAGGAUUUACCUUUCAGCAACAGCGGACUGUUAAAUACAAGACGAUGAUAGUGAUAAGGCAUGGAAAUGACAUUCCCACUGGAAACCUGCCCUGUCCUUCCGUUCUCAUAUCCCUUAAUUCCCUAUCCGUACUACAUUAGCUGAGAAGCUUUUCACUAGACUUGAGUUAGUGUGGCUUAUACCUAUUUAUAUUUGUAUUAAUUGCUUACAGAUUAUACCUCAUAUUAGCAAUUACAUUACACUACAGGAAAAAUGUAUUAGCAUAGGCUGUGGCUUAUCUUUGUUUUGCAAAAUUGUUCUAAUUACUUGGAGAGCAGUCUUUAAAAUAGUUUGGUUCUUCUUGUUAGUAGUAUUAAUCCUUUCAUCUAAGCAUCUAAAUAACAUUUAAAUAGAGUUGAAAAAUACUGUAGUAUUUAUUUUACAUCCCUUCCCCACAAAGUUUAUGUUUGAAUUAUAUGCACUUGUGUGUGGGGUUUUUUUUGUUUUUUGUUUUUUUUGCAAUAAUUCACAGCUUCCAAGAGUGUUGAUGGUCAUACAUUUUUUGGACUUUGUUAUGAUUCAGUGUCUUAAAGAUUCAACUGCAGAUUUUACAGCCUUUUAAUCUACUGAAUGCAAUUUUCAACAAAGCACUGGAGGUCUUAUUGCUAAACUGGUUGUAAUGAGGCACUAAGGGUAAAAAAAAUUAUACAUGUAGUGAAGAAAAUAUUUAAAUCCAUUUCUUGAACAGACUUAACAAAUGGGAACUUUUUUUCAUUUAAAAGGGUUAUUUUGAAAUGAAGAUGAAAACAUACUCAUCUUGAUUUUUUUUCAAAUUUGAGGAAAUAAUUUAUACCAUAUUAUACAACAAGGAUGUAUAGCAGAAAUGUGGGAAAUAGUAGCAAAUUGAGGUGUAUGUGUAUAUAUAUUUAUGCCUUUCCAAGCCUGCCAGUGUAUUUGGCCUUGAAUAGUGCUAUCCCAGCAGCCAGUCAUUACUUUAACCCACAACUAUCUUUUUAAGUUUUAUGUUCAUAGUGAAAGGAAUGUUGACUUUGAAAUUAUGCAUUUAUAUUAAUGUCACUAUAAACCAAUGGGAAUAGUAAUUUUUACACAAACUUGCUAAAUAUUGGGAGACUAAAUUACUAAGUUAAUAAAUGAUAUAUAGCAAUGUAGCUGAUCUCUAUAGAUGGUGUCUCACAAUGGAUUUCUGUUGCUUAUUUUCUUAGUGAACAUUUGAACUAAGGCAGUGGCUGGGAUUGGUGAUCUGGCUAAGUAUUUUGAAACACAUUCUGAAUAAUAUGACUUGGUGUUAACGGGGAAAUAAAAUACGUUUUUUCUUACUCA